AUGUCUAUCCCCGCGCCGCCACAAGGCCCUGUCGAGGCUCGCUCCCUCUCAUCCGUCACAGCCAUCGCAUCAAAUCCCCCCGCCUACCCGCGCAAUCCGACGCAUGAAAAACUUGACCCGCUAGUCCUAUAUAUCGUACGAGUUCCUGGGAGUCAAGACAUCUUCCUCUCGCCUGUCAAACCACCCACCAAAUCCAGUGUCUCUGCCGAAGCUAUAAAUGCAUCCCUGUACUAUGUGCACGUCGCAACACCUGAAGAUGAAACAUUGCUACAGGAAGUCGAGCAGGAGCGUGUGGAGGAGGCGCAACGCCGAAGAGAAGCUCUAGAGGCAGCGGGGCUCGUUGAUCCAGCCCAGCGCGAUUUUGCCCGCAUGAAUAAUGUCCGAAGGAAGCCUGUUGGUGGUAUAGAGACAGGAAAGGAUAAUGCGCAAUCAUUGACGCAGGAGAAUGCCCCUCCCCCGCUAAAUAACGCCCCAGCGUUACCGCCACGCCCAACUCCUAUGCCGCGGGUCUCAGCGGAGAAUAUGUCGUUCUCAGGGACGCCUGUCUCCAAUGCGAUUCCAGGUGAACCUGCGCCGAAGAGUCCUAUCACUCGGCGCCCGUUACCCCCUCUACCGCCUAGUGAAGAGCCCUUCGGGGCUGGUGGGGCAGGCGAAGACCCUCGAAAUAGUCGAUGGAGCACAUUCACGGCACAAGACCAGCCUAUUCCAGGAUAUGAUGCAGUACAAGAAAGAUAUGGAUCUUUAGGUGCUGGUCGUCAUAGUCUUGAUUCGCCUAGGCCGCCAUUACCACCUCGUCCCUCACACACAGGAAGAGGAUCACCAUCAAGAAGUCCCGGACAGUCGCCUUCUGGAAAUCGAAGAUCGCAUCAACCCCCGUCUAGAGAUCCAGGCUUCUAUAUUACACUUAUACGGCGUGAUCCCGCAUCAGGAGGCCAGUGGAACGUCGCGACGAUCUCAAGUCCAGGAAAAGACCAAAACACAAUUGAUAUCGAAAUAUCAACGCCGGGAUAUAACAGAUUUGCCGGCUCCAAUGAACCACUAUCAUUAGGCAGUCUAGCUGCAAAUCUUCCUCCAGGUCUAAUCCGCACAGCUGGAACCUCUAUACCUUCUCAGCCAUCAGGACCAAUCGAUCAGCCAAACGCAUCCCGCAAAUUUCACCGAGAGGUCUGCGUCUCCAAGCCCUACGAUGAUCAAAGCGCUAGCUCCGAACUCAACCCCCACGACUACAACUCCAAGCUAAAGAGCGGCUAUUACGUCUUCAACUCCCCAUGGAACGGCACCUGCACAUUCGCCAGCAGUGUCAACGGCCGUAGUCUAAAAUGCAAACACAUGGUCCAAGGCCCGGCAGGCGGAGCUUUCCCCCCAUCCAACGAAGCAGAUCCCAAUCCAGCAGUUACAGUUGCUGAAAUCCGCUUCAACACACCCUUCCAAGCUGCAAAUCUACACUAUCACGCAUUGCAACGAACAAAUCCCCAUCUCUCCUCGCAUACAUCAAUGACAACCGACCCCUCCAAUCCAGACUCGUCAUCAAAAAGGGCCUCUCUUUCCCAAUUCCUCAACCCGAAUAACUAUGCCCGACCACGCGCUCACUCCGGUCCCAAUACCUCUUCUCCCUCUCCUGGCCCUGGUCAGAGUCCUGCUCAAUCCUCUGAUCCUUCCCGUCAACCUUUUAACCCCUCUAAUUUGUUACGCCGCACCUCGCUCCGUGCGGGUAAAUUUGCUCAUCAGCAAACUAAUCGGUUCGGGCACCAGCAUUUCCAUCGCAGGAACAGGAGCACGAGUACUAGUAGUGGGGGUUCGGACUUUGGUGAGGAUCGAUUGGAUUUCUCGCUUGCGAGGGAGCCAGCUGGAGGUGGUAUGAGGGGGAAGAGUGCUAAGUUGGGGAAGCUGAUUAUUGAAGAUGAAGGUAUUAAGAUGCUUGAUCUUGUUGUUUCGGCUUGUAUGGCUGUUUGGUGGAGAGGAUACUAUCAGUGA